CUGUCCACAGAACUCGUCACAAUCGCUGAAGAUGGCGUGAAGCUCUUCGGCAGAUGGGAGACCAAUGAUAUCGAAGUCAAGGACAUCUCUCUGACGGAUUACAUUCAAGUCAGACACGCCGUCUGGGUGCCUCACACUGCCGGCCGAUGGAGCAAGAAGCAGUUCCGAAAGGGAUCCAUGCCCAUUGUCGAACGAAUGGUCGACUCUCUCAUGAUGAAUGGUCGUAACAACGGCAAGAAGCAGAUGGCCGUCCGCAUCGUCGCUCACGCUUUUGAGAUCGUACAUCUUCUGACCGACCAGAACCCCAUCCAGGUCUACGUUGACGCCAUCAUCAACACUGGACCUCGUGAGGACUCGACCCGAAUUGGCUCUCAAGGCACUGUGAGACGUCAGGCUGUCGAUGUCUCGCCAUUGCGAAGAGUCAACCAAGCUGUUGCACUGCUCACCAUCGGCGUCCGAGAAUCCAGCUUCCGUAACGUCAAGUCGAUUGCCGAGUGCCUUGCGGAUGAGCUCAUCAACGCCGCCAAGGGUUCCUCCAAUUCUUACGCGAUCAAGAAGAAGGAUGAACUGGAGCGAGUCGCCAAGUCCAACAGAUAG